UCCCAGCACAACAGUCCACGCAUUGAUAUUACAGGAAAUGAAUAGGAAAUAUACAGGCUAAAAUGUGGUCAAAAAUUUUCCGACAAUAACUUCUCAUCUUUCGUUAGCGGUCAAGAACCUUAUAAAUUACACGUAAGGACAUUUGUAAGGGCUUAUUUGAAAUUGUCUUUCACUUUAGUGUUGGGCGGUUGAGGUGAGAUAUAGCGAUUUAAUACAAAGAUUCGACAGUCAUUGUUUAUUGAAUGGCGCUGUGACACGAGGGGUGGCCUAUACCUCCAGGGCACGGUCUGACGUAUCAGGCGACUCGCAUAGCUUAUAAACCAAUCGGUAUAUUUUAAUUUGUACUUGAAAUAUCGGAGAGUUAACAAAUUGAUUAGUAGCAGUCCAACUGCCAAGCGUGUGACAAGUACCUUCCAUUGUCCGUUAUCUCGGAAUACAAGCAGCGUAUAGAAAGGAGCGUGAAAAUAAACAAAACCCAUCGUCAUAUAAAUAUCAAGGGAAAAUCACGUAUAGUUGGCAAAGUGGCCAAAGCACAAGUGGUGUCUUAGACUUAGAAGCAGUAUAAGUAAGGGAUUGAUCUGAAUUAAAUUGUAUUGUACUGUAUUGGUGGCUGGCGACAGUUGGUAUAAUCCAAAUAUUGUACGAUACUCGAUAGUGUGAAAGACAAAAUACCUGAGACGUAUAUCCUUUAAAUGGCAUUUACUUUCUAAAGUGGAUUAUUGCACAGUCAAAUUAUAAUAGUCGCAGUACGUCGUCAGUGUUGCUAAAGUAUUCAGACGGCACUAUACAUAUUGACACAAAAACGAGAAUUAAGCCUUAAGGCGUUUUGAUACAGGUCGUCAUUCAUGCACCCAGAUAUUUAAUACAAGCAUCGCACGAGAUGCAUCGACGUCGCGGUUCAGCUCCGGCUGUCAUUUUACAGCAACAACUUUCAAAAUAUAAUAACUGGGAAAAGAAUGGUUUCCAUUCGGAAGAUGGAAAGAAGGACAAAGACAAACUAAAGAGUAAGAAAUCGCCAAAGAGUGAUAUAUCGCGUAGUUCUAGUCCGAUGGGCAUGUUCCAUCAAAUGGGCAAACUAUCUGAGGAAGGCGCAAGCAAGGAAAGAACUUCGAGUGACCCGUCGAUUAACAACCUAAUAUGCGGGAAUGGAAAUAAUAACAACCACCAUCACAGUCUUUCGAGAAGGCCUUCGAGCCCAACGCUCAUAACGAGCGAACGCAAAAAUGAUAAAUGUUCUGGCAAACGUUUGACCAUACGCGGUCAGGAUUGGUGCUCCACUGAAAUCACAAAUACAACUCGAAAUAACCUGAAGAAAGCUGGGUCGAUUAAGGAUUAUCAUAUCGUCUUACUGGGACAAGGUGGCGUUGGUAAAUCCGGUAAGUCUCUAUACAAUUUGUUUCUACACGGAUUGUGAUACAGUUACUAAGUAAACAACCUUUUAGCAGUUUUAUUUAAAGAGCGAGCACAUGCAAUGCGAUGUUUUGACGUUCCUCUCGACCAGUUAGUUUAUCUUUGUUAACUGUAUUCAUUAUUACCAUGACAUGGCUAUCAUGACCCUAACACAUCUUGAACUUAUCAAGUAAUCAAGAAAAAAGUGCAUGUAGCUUUUCACGCCGGUACAGGCGUUUAGCGCAUAAACUAAGAUACAUUUGUUAUUUUUUAAAGUCGAACGCGGUUAUCUCGAAUAUUUGUCAAUGCUCACUUUGUGUUGUCAUUGAUCUUGCGCUGUUAGGCUCCGAGUAGGAACGCAAAAUCGUGAUUUGAGGAGACAAUGCGUGAUACACUUUUCGUCGCUUAAAGAAUCACGCAUAUCUUUUACGUACGUUUUUUACAGAGAAACAAACCGACUAUGUUACGAAACGGGAAAUUUCAUAAUCAGUUCCAUCGAUCGCAAUUUAUCGAGUUCUUUUACACAGCUGCUAGAACUAUUCACAACACGCAAUUGACCGCCCGUCGUCUUCGAACAGUCUAAUGCUUGCAUAUCAACAAGCUGGCAAAUACAAGCUUUCAAGGUCUCUUUUACAAUGUGCCGACAUUGCAGCGAUUAUCCCCACUUCGUGUUGAUUCGUAAAACGAUACUGUCAGGCUUUGUUUUUCCUUUCUGCGGAAAUGCUCUCUUUUACCGUAGUUUUAAAUAAAUUCCGCUCAGGAUAAAUAUGCACAGGAUAAAUAUACAAAUUUGUUUAUUAAGCUCAAGGGUACUUGUGAUUCUAGAGUAUAAUACAUAUAUUGUGUACAUGAUACAUACUAAAGCGGUAUUGCGUGUUCCAGGAGAGGUGUAAAAGUAAAGCUAUCUUGCGAUUUUUGGCACACAAUUGCGACUCGCUGCGAACAUCGUCAAUGGCUCAUUGUCAAUCGCCCAUUUUCGCUGAUAGUGUUGAUCCCCUAUUUCCCUUGUGUUGUAUACUUAAUUGGAUUUCAAUCUGGUGUAUUGUGUGCGGUAUUUGAUUUAAAAACAACAAAUUUGGCAAGCGUUUUCUUGCAAUAAAAUUCGUGUUACAAAAGCAACACUUUCACGUGACCUUAGGCUUAGCCUUAGCUUCUUAGACAAAAGAAAAAACCCCAACAAUUUAUGACGACUUUAAAAAACUGAUAUCUAUACACAGAGGUCUGAGAGAUUGACAUACAUGCCGGCUUUCCAUACAAGAUAGGACGUCCGUCCACGGUUGGCAAGGUCGGAUAUGAUCAUUUUCUCGGCUUUUAUACAGUCAAGUACAAAAAAUACAAUAAGAGUCUUGUCAAUCAGUCAUGAAUUGUAACACAAGAAGAUAAAUCCUCGGAUGUAUCGUACUAAACAUUUACCAACAUGUUAAUACGUACAGUAGCUGAAGCAGCCCACAGUUUAAAACGUUGAUCAUUGGUGUAAUGAUAGGCCUUAUGAUAAUUACAUAGUUAUAUUUGUAAUAGAAAGCAUGGUAGACCUAUGAUUUUCCUCGGAUAUUCAUUACUUUAUAUAUAGGUAGCUCAAUAUAUUGUUGGAGUAUGAUUUAAUAGUUUAUGCAAAUUACUUUCAUAAAGUUUAGGUAAUGUUACACUGUAUUGAUUUCUCUACGGUUAGUUCAUACACGUGUCCAGAUAACAGAUUGAAUAACGAUCUCCAAGGAUACGGCAAACGCUCAUGUAUAAUAUACAAUGUGUAUGACUGGAGACAGAAAUCUCUAAUUUAGAAUUGCAAAAUUUUUUGGUGAAAAAUUUAAAACUCGUUGUCAAAUCAAAUAUCGAUUUAAUCAACCUGGUUUACGUCAAAAAAUAUUUUACAUUUCUUACCAGCGUGGAACAUUGAUUGAAACAUUGAUUUUUAAUAAUUUUAUCCCUUCGCAUUCCAUUUCUCAUUUAUCACAAUAUAUGUCAUUCUGCUUUCCAAAGUCCUAAUGAGUAUUGGUUAAUUAAAUUAAUUCAGGACUCGCCUACAACAACACUAAUCAACAAAAUGAUCAUAUCAGAGUGCACUCUUGGUGCCAGAUUAUUAUGCUCCACUCUCGCAGUAUACUGUAUACCGCAUAAUAUAAAACCUGCAGGGCGACCAGGGUAAUAUCAGUCAGAUUGAAAUGUUUUUUGGCUUGGCUUUUUGCAUUACUGUUUUAAUUGUGUCCCCCAUGUUUUCAAUUUUGGCGUGUGCAUAGUUAUGAUUUAUGCAUGUAUAAUAACUGUAUUCGCUGCUCAAUUGCUCAAAACAAGCAAAAUAACAACUCUUGCCUACGGCUUCGGCAUUAGAAAAAUAAUUGUUUUAAUUGGAAAGAAUUUCAAGUAGCUUGAAGUAUAACUAUAUGUACUACAUAUUUCAUUGUUUCAUAUAAUAUUUAACCAUUGACAGGCAUCAACAAUUGGCACUGAAAUGCGAAGGUCAGCCAUUAUAUAAUAUCAAAAUUAGUGUGUCAUCAAAUAUGGGCAUUUCGCUAUAGUUAUAACACAAUUGCCAGACAAGCAGCAUGUGGUUCGGUGGUUGCGGCCGGCAUCCUUAUACAACUGAGUGAAAUGAACUGACGCAAAUUGUAUACAACAACGUAUAUUUACAUACAUUUAAUUGCGAGUAUAAGAAAUAUGCAGCAUAAACCAAUUUAAAUUAAUACAUGGAUUCAAACGUCGGCACGUAUAGAUACAACCAAUUAAAUUGCAAUUACUCAAUAAGUGUUUUUCUCUCUUUUCUUGUUCACAGCUCUACUCGUAAGGUUCUCAACUGGCAGAUUUAUUUAUGAAUACCAUCCGACAUUAGGUAAGGUUGCAUCUAAAUACCAAUUGUAUGUUCACUGUUAUAAUCAUCUGAAUUAUACCCGUCAAAGGACAACUAGAUUGGUCAAAAUGACAGAAUCGUUGUGAACAAAGACAGGUAGGAAAAGUCAUUGACGCAUUGGUAGUUUCUUCUUUGUAAAAUCCAAAAGAUUGGAAUUUCAAUACUGAUAAGAAUCUAAAUUAACAUGCAGGUCGUUUGUAGUUUCUAGAGUUGAUUUCAGCGGUCUGUUUGCGCAGUUGUUUUUUCAACAGUAUAUAAUUAGUAUAGCUAGCUAUAUACAGGUCUGAAAAGGCGUUGGCCAACUGCAUGCCACCAAUUUGAACAAAAAUUAGUCGUGUGUUAAGUAGCAUGAAUAAUGUCAAAUGAAACAAAUAGCAAACACUCUGAGAAAAUCUUUCCAGCAUGAUAAUGGCAUUAAAAAGAAACUUAUGUGCGUGCAAAUCAACAUGUCUGUGUAUGUGCAAACAAAUUAACAUGUCACUGUGUUUUUCUCACACAGAAAUGAAUUAUGAGAUGCUUGCAGAAAUCGAUGACGAGAUAGGAGACCUACAUAUCUUGGAUACGGCUAAUACGGUGAGGAUUGAAUAUAUCAACCAUUUAUGCGUGCGCCACGAAAGCUAUCAUUUUCAAUUGCCAUACGCACUUAUAACGCACGUGCAUUAAGUCUAUGGCUAUACACUGUGUCAUCACAUUUAAUGAUUUACGCGAUCUUGCAAUGUUAAGUAUAUAAAACGCAAAGUGGUGCGUUUAACACAAAAUGGUGCUUUAAUAUUUGGCUAAACACUUUGAAAUCGACCCGUUAUUCGUCGAGAAUGUUAUAUACUUUAACAAAUUUGCGCAAAUUAAAUAAUCGAUCUUCCAUCGUCGGGCGGAAUGUCUAUCUGUUAAUAUCAUUUAAUUAAGAGUUUGGUCCGCUGCGUGUUUCCAGAUCACCUGAGGAAUGAAACAAAAACAAACUGCAAAAGAGAAAAGUAUAAAAGUUUGACAAAUGUAGGAGUGUGCAUGAUGUAUCUUUUCUUUAUAUAUUAUAUUAUAUGGAACUCCGUGGAAUCAACAUUAAAUUAUAAGCGGUUGUACUCUUUCUUUCUGCAUGGUAUACGUCAGUCAGUGACCUGAAAAUCUUUAGACCGAAUUUAACUGACCAGGACGUAUAUUACUGGUCAAAUAUAACAAGAUUCCUGCAUGGUUACAUUAACCAGAUCGACGGUUAAUAAUUAUGGUAGAAAGUGAUCAUGAGGUAAGAUAAUCAGGACUAUUAAAUUAGGACAGGGCUAUUAGGGUUAUUUCUAGGUUAACCAUGAAGAAAAUUUUAGUUGGGGUAUUUUUAAUUUAGAGUGCAUGUUUAUUUUUGCGCUGUAUAUUUUAUAGUAACGAGCAUUCUCUUACGUUUCGUACAAAAAAACACACUUGUAUAUACUACCCAGAAAGAAAGAACUUAAUAAUACUAAUUAUAUACAGUACGUACUCUUAUUUGAUUGUGAAAAAAAACCCACAAUUUAAUUUCUCCUUUUAUUGGGUAUUAAAGUCUUAUUGGAGUAUACAAGUCAGACAUUGGAGCAGCGACACAAAAUCAAAUUCCAUAUUCAAGUUACAUGCAGUAGGCUACCUCGCAAGUUACCAUUCGAACUGAGAAACAGUAUAGUCUAUAGACUCUGCGACACUGCAUGUCAUAAAUAAUGAUAACCUUUGGCUUUGUUGCUACAAUAAACCUAAAGUUGCCGCAAUUUUUUCGGCAACUACUAAUUAUCGGUCUCAUAUAUAACUUUGUCUUUGAAUAUACAUAUAAUAAUAUGCAUGCGUGCAUAGGCAUAGCAUAGCCAUAGUAUAUUAUAUUAUACACUCUACAGCAAGAAUGUUGAUGUAUUUUAAAUGAUGAAGUUUUCUUUACCAAAUUAAAUUCUAUAAAACCUAAACUGAAACUAAUCCAUAUACACACAGUGAGUGACUAAUUCAGUAAUUGUCUAGACCUUUUAUAUAUUUUAAACCUUAGCUAUAUAUAUAGUUUCCACUCAGCGCACCGCGUUGUUUCGAACCACUGAUCAACCAUUUAAACUUCCAAUGCAAGAAAUGAAGUUUAUCUAAUUCACAUUCAUUAAUAUUAGUUUUUAUCAAAGAUUGGUUUACACUAUACAAACGUUUCUAUGAUCACGGGAGGCUAUCAGGGCCGUUGCAUGGCUUUGCUCAAAACGUCGAGGUUCUGCUAAUACUUUUCAGGUAGUUGUACCCUCUCUCAAUUCGCAGCUGUCUAUCAAACUUUAAUUAACUACUAGUACUAUUUUGAAUUAAACUAAUUAUUGAGGCUUUCAUUGCUUUGCCGUUCACCAAAGAAACUUCUAUACUAGUGUGAACCAACUUCAUAAUCGCGUGCUUGUUUGUAUUAAUCAGGAAAUGCGUUGCACGGUACAACAUACGUACAUGUACUGUUAGCCAAAAUCAUUUGCGGCUUUUUUUCAAUCAACCGAUUGUCGCAAAUCUUGCGAAUGGCCAUAUAUACAAAAGACUAAUUGCUGCGGAGCUUUUUUAAUUGUAUCAACUCAUUUACACAUUCUAGAAGCUGCUCUGCCCACCCGCCCCGUAGCAUUGUGCAGCGAAUAAUGAAAGUAUGCAUAACUUGACGCCAUGAUAUUAUAAUAAAGUUUGAAACUAUUAUUAGACUUAGCCUUAGGACACCUGCAGCACUGUCUGAUACUGUGAUGACGAAUACAUACUAGUUACAUUACAAUAUGUUGCUAUCUUCCGUAGAAAACCAAAUCCGAAAUUUUAACAAAUCGCUUUGUAUAUCACCGGGAAGAUCAAAAGAGUAAUAUAAACAUAUCGUAAAACAAUUUAAAACCAUGCCGACUACGACCUCUUGAGUGCUGAAACACACAAUGAUCGAUAAAAUUCCGAAUAAGAUUAAUAAGACGCAAAGGCGAAGCCUAUAAGAUUAAAUACCAUGCACGAGAAACGUCAACAAACAAGCACGCGACUAUAUAAAGAACUUAACGACUAUUUAGCUAAUCCCGACAUGUUUAUGAGAUUUUUAGCAAGAGAAAAUUGGAUUUCGCGUUGAUAUAAUUAAUGACUCCGCAUGGUCCCGCCUACAUAACAAGGGUCUAUUUUUGUCAUCAAAAAAAUGUAUAAAUAAACCAAAUGUCUCAAUAUAGUACACAAUGAGUUGAAAGGUGGCCUGAGCUAUUAAUGUAAUCGUAAGAUUUUACCAUUUAAGCACUAGGUUGAGCUUACCUUUGUGAGUUACCCUCAUCGACGAUCGAUAAAGCAACUCUUUAUAUAUGGCUGUCGGAGGCAAAUUACCUGUCAGCAUUUAUCACAGUUAGAUAUAUUUAGAUUGAAGUUUUGCAAAUUACCGCUCGAAAUAUCCACGACCGAAAUAACUCAUAUGUAACUAAAUAUAUAUAUAUACUAUAGUAUAAAAAUAAGGAUAUUGGUUUGGGAUCAUGGGAUUAUAACAACCAUGCAUGAGGUUUAAUUAAAUUCUUGGUUAAGAUAGGGGAUAUAGGAAUCUUAGGGAUGAUAGGAAUAAAUUGUAGGAUUUGUCUGAUUAUGAUCCACUGUCUUACAUGCAGCAUGUGCAGAUGCUUCCAACUACGUCGUCCAACGGCCACGCCAAGUUUUUAAUAUCUUCAAAUUCUCCCCUGACUCAAAUCGUGAUUUAGCGUAACGACGUAAGGCUCCAGUUUUGGGCUAAUUCUAUAUUGGCAAGUAUUUGUGGGUAUUAGAUAUUGAUGAUAUUAGAAUUAGAGUAAUAGACGUUAAGAAGCUGACUCGUACCCAGUCGUCAUGAGUAUACAUAUAUAGAUCGGUGGACUGAGGAGUGAGAUCUUGAUCAUUCCCGUCAUACACCAUUGUUUUUCAACCCCGUUCAAUCCAUUCAGGGACUUGCCACAUACAGUUUUUAGCAUCUUCAGAUCCUGCCCAUAUUUAACGUAUCCCAAUGAUGCAAAUUGAUUUUUCUUUCCAUUUUCAGACUGAGCCUGUAUAUUUGAACGAAGGCCAAGGUUUUAUUGUCAUAUAUUCCAUCAACGAUCGCUUAAGUUUUGAGACUGCGAAACAGCUCGUUAAACUAAUACGAGAAGUGAAGAAAGCCAAAGGUUCUUCAAUCGUUUUGGUUGGCAACAAAGUUGAUCUUAAAUAUGAUCGAGUUGUUCCGCGUAAAGAAGGGAGAAACUUUGCUGUUGAAUGUGAAUGCACUUUCUAUGAAACAUCCGCCAUGAACAAUAUUAACGUUCCAGUCAUAUUUCAUGAUCUUGUCAAACAAAUGAGAGCUAUCUCUAAAAAGAACGGUCGAAUGAACUCACUGAAGAAUUUCUUUGCGAGAUAACCGGGGAAGUUGAAAGAAAAUUUUAUUGUUUCAAUUAAAAAACUGUCUCAUCUGUAAAGGAACAAGCUUUCAUUUUUGUCCUUACUUGCGGAGAUAAUUCAGUUUCUUGAUAUGCAGUGCUAACCGACUUACAUCAGACAUUGCGAAAUAAACCGCCAAAGACGUGAUUUCUACCCAGUGAAAUCAGAUGGGAAAAAUGCCUAUGCUAUGGUCUUGCUUUCAGAGUAUAAUGUAUAAAAAUUUACAAAUAAUUUAUUUGUCGAUAACACAUUGUGCAUAGUGUGACGUAACUUUGUUUGCUUUAUCUGAGGAAAAUAAAUUUACAGUUUUGAGAGUUUUUUUUCAAAUGAAACAAUAAAAUAGUUCGCGCCAUCCUACCUUAAAACAAAAUAUUUAAAGUAAGAAUGGAGGAAUAGUAAACCUGAUGGUAUAUUACCUGAAUGGACAAAACCUCUUUCCCAAGCGAUGGAAGCGAUCUGCUUGACCUUGUAUAUGUUAGGCACUAUUGAUUUGGUUAAAUAAGUAGUUUGCGUGUUCGAGGUUAUUAAAGGUAGAGACGUACUGAUGUAGAGUGAUAUUCAAAACAUAUUUGGAAAUAGAUAUACUUCUACCGAGAAUUUAGGGGCUGUUCAGAUACAUGAUCCUGGUUUGCCAGGAUGGUAUUUGGCAUAGGCGGUUAAUUUUGUUGCAUGUAAGUAAAUACUUCAAAUGUUGUCGAGAAGAUCUCGUAUUCCAAUAAGGUUAUUAUUGCUGCUUGAACAAUCAAAAUCAUCUUGCCUCACAUCUCACCUCCGGCAAAUGUGAACAGCCCCUAAAUAGAAAAUAUUCAUGUGUGUUCACAAUAUGAGCAAUGGAAAGUGAGAGAGAUAUGGCUAUUGCAUGCCUAUUGGCCGGCCCAAUAUGCGUUGUAAAUCCGAUUUAACGGCAUUUUAUGUACAAUACGCUAACAGUAACAUAUCUUUCUUCAUAACUCUGAAAUGUGUAGAGCACGUUGCGUACAGUAUGAUGUAUUCAGAUGAUAUGAAUUUAGACAUACUUUUAAAAUCUAUAGGCGUUGAUAUCCGACGUGAAACACUUACGAUAACAUUUUACAAUUUGUACAUGGAAUUGGAAAGAGUAAUAUUUUUGUCACAAAGUGAUAACAGAAAAGAUAUUGUUUUAAAAAUUGUACAGUUUUUAACUAGAUUAGGGC